CCGGGACGUCCUGAGCCAGCUUCCUGUUUGAUGCGUGGACGGUGGUGGCGGCGAGGGGAACAGCUGAUGUGCUGAGGAACGCCGGAGUCAGAAGAAGAAGAGUCCGGCUGGACGGACGCUCAGAUCUUUGGGAGAAAUGGCGGGAAAGUUUGGGAGGUUGGUGCUGUGGACGCUCGCCGUGCUGCUGCUGUCAGGAUACAUCUACAUAGAGACAGAUGCGACUCCUGACCGGACGGACUCGGAGCAACGUGGUGGAUAUUUGGGCGCUCCAGCGGACUCGGAUCAGCUUCUAUACAGACGACACGCCGCUGUAACUCGGAGAAAAAGGAAUAUCUUGUUUCCCAGCGGAGUCAAACUUUGCUCUCAGGAGACAUUCGACCAGGCCGUCGCCAACCACCUCAACUACUUUCACCUCAGAGUGUGUCAGGAGACCGUUUGGGAAGCCUUUAAGAUCUUCUGGGACCGUCUGCCGGAGCGGGACGAGUUCCACACCUGGGUCAGCCGCUGCAUGGACGGCUCGGUCAGCGUCAUUGAAAUCGGAAAAAAAUUCAGCCAAUCAGAGGAGCACAUUAGCCUCAUCCGCAGCAGAGUCGCCAUGGCAGCUUCAGUCAACAGUGUUCCUGUUACCUCAGACCCUCCACCAUGCAGCUCUGACUCGAUGCCCGUCCAGACGGCAGAAGAGGUGACUCGGCCAGAGGAAGAUGCAAUCCCGACCGAUCAAAAUGAUCUUCCAGCGGGCUUUGACGUCACUGCUUGGACGCCUCUGCUCUUGGCAACCGAAGGGUCUGUUCAAACAACAUCUUUGGCUGAGAUUCGUGGGAAUUUGACUUCUGAGCCUGCGGAUGUUUCCGUGCCAGAAGACACCAAAGACAUCCAGAAAUCUGGGGGCGGAGUAACUUCCGAAACACCUCUGGUCAUCACUGAAACUCUACAGUCUGAAGGAGACGAUGUUGAAGACUUUUUAGAGGAUAUAGUGGAGGUUUCCACAAAGGUUUCGGACUCUUUUACCCACAAACCCUUUGUUGUGAUCGUUGAAGAAGUUGGGGAAGAGAAAACUGCCCCAGAAGAGGCUGUAGGGGAAGAUGAAAUCAUUCUGGAUCUGGAUGUACCUGACUCUGAAGUGGUUAAAGAAGUUACCCCACAAGGUGAGGAGCCACCCUCGGAAAUCAUGGCCGAAGAAUUCCUCACAGAAGCUACUAUUGUGGCUCCUACAGACCCUCCGUCAGAACCAGCUACAGAAGCUGCCACACUGGGAGAAUUGGGGCAGGAAUUAUCCCCAGAGCCAGUCGUAACGGAGCAUACCCCAGAGACAAGUGUCAAGGUUGUUGAGGGUGCAGAACUUGAAGAAAUUCCGGACGAAUCUUUAGAUAUCACCCCAGAAGUAGCCUUGACUUUUGAGGAACACACAACAGAUGAUCCAGAAUUAGUUGAGGCAGAAAUUCUCGAAGAACCCGAGGCCGUUGUAGUAGAAAGCCAAGAUGAAACCGAAGUCAGCACGGAUGCAACUCCAACUGUAUUUCUGAUUACAGAUUCAGAAGAAGAAGAAGAAAUAUUUAUAAAUGUGACUCCAGAACAAGAAUCUGUCUCUGACAUGACAACAGAGGCUCCUUCGCAGGCCUCAGACGAGAUAGCAUCAGAUGUUAGUGAAGACGUUGGGGCAGAAGACAAACCAACACUAAUGUCUGAGGUUACUUCUGAGCCUGUCGUCGUUAUCUUACAAGACUACGGGGAUGGAGACACUGAGGAAAUGUCACCAGAUGUAGAAGAUGAUACGACCGAAAUGGAGUCCACUGAGGUGAUAACAACAAAGACCGAUGUAAUUGAGGCUGAAGAAGACUUAGCAGUUGAAACAGAAGAUGUCACAGUGGCAGAAGACGAAAAACUACCCCAGGAAACAGAGGAGGCAACCGUUACUCAAGAGGAUACAACAGAAGAACCAGAUGAAGCUACGAUAGAAGAAGGGCCAGUGAAGACAGUUGAUGACACUACAAAAGGAGGAACGGUUGAGGCUACAGGAGAACCAGCUGAAGGUCCAGAAGUGCCGGAGGAACCUUCAGAACCUGUAGAGAAAGAAGGAGCAGACACAACGGAAACUGCACAAGAACCAGAACUUGUAGAAGAAACUGUAGAAGUAGUAGACCCUACAGGAGGGGCUGCGCAACAAGAAGGACCUGCAGAAGAAAGUCCUGAAGAGACAGGACUCAUAGGAGAGCCAACGCAAGAACCAGAACUUAUAGAAGAAACUCCUGAAGAGACAGAACUCAUAGAAGAGCCAACGCAAGAAGCUGAACUUGUCGAAGAAACUCCUGAAGAGACAGAACCGUCCAAAGAACCAGCACACAAACUUGUAGAAGCUGCAGAAGAGACUGAAGAUGAGGGUUUCUCCCCAGAUGUUACAAAGCCAGACGAUCCAGAGGAAAUCGUAACGGUCACGUCUGAGUCCGUGGCCGAAAUCACCCCAGAAACGGUGGUCGAAGUCGCCGCAGAGACCACGCAACACGCGGCCGCGGACGCCACGACCAAGUACGUGUUGGAGUACAACAACGGAAACUUCCCCGAUCUAACGAAGACGCCUUUUGAAGCCGAUGACAACCUGCUGGGAAACAACGACUUUGGCUUGGACGACCAGAACUCGCUGAGAAUCAAACUCAGAUCAGAAACUUACAACGACGCUCUGAGAGACCCGAGCAGCGUCCAGUACCAACAUCUGGCCCGGCAGUUCACACGCAGGAUCCAGGAGGCCUUCGAGAGGCUGCCGGGCUUCAAGAGCACCUCGGUCCUGGAGUUCAGGCCUCAGAAGGACCUCGAGCGAGGUCUGGUGGUCCUGGUCCACUACACCAUCACGCUGGAGGUCUCUGGCGGCCUCCCCAACGCCACGCUGGACCUGAUCUCUCUGCAGAACCAGCUGGUGGAGAAGAACUACCCCGGCGCCCCAGAGACCCCCACGGUGGUCUACACCAUCACCCACUUCGGGAACUACAUCACCGAGGCCCUGCACCGGGACGACCUGCUGCUAGGCAACGGCAGCCUGGAGACACUGGCACCACCGGAGAAAGCGGAGAACGUGCUGCCUGAUGUGAAACCUACGAGCCGCCCGGCCGACUCCUCCAACAGCAUGGAUAACGUGCUGGCAGCGGAGAAGCCUCCGGACGCUCCGAGCCACGAGGCCGACGCCGCCAACGUCUUCCUCAACAAGGACGACUUCCUGUUGGACCCUCUCGACCAAUGGGAAGGCCCGCAGGUCGCGGCGCGGAGCGAGAACGACGUCUUCCUGUUCGACGAGAACACCGGUCGUCUGCCAGCCGCCGAGAUCCCCGAGAAGACCUCCGGCACACACACACACCGUGCUGGGAGUGUUGAAGACGAGGGAUUCCUGCUCAGUAACGCUGCAGCCCACGGAGACGAUGGCGCCGCCAGGCAGGGCGCCACGGCCCCCCCCGCGGGCGCCGCAGGGGACGAAGGAUCCGGUUCUGGUUUCUCUGGAGACGGACAGGAAACGGACGCCUGGUCACGGCCAGCUGGGGGGACCUCAGACGGGACUCUCAGUCUCGAGCCCUAUGUGGAGGCGCUGCCACCUCCCGAUUUGGAGGAAACGGAGGACGAAGAUUCGGACUCGGAUGCCGCCGGCGUCGGGCCGAACGAUGAUGUCAUCGCGCCAGAAGUUGAGUCCUCGACGCUUCCAGCUUCUUCCGAAGACUCGGCGCUGCACGGCGGCGUUGAAGAGCCGUUCUCGGACCAGGUUCUGGUCACGCCGCACGUCACGAACCCUCGGCGCUCAACCACGACCGAGGCGCCUGUUUUCUCCCCGAGAGGAACGCUCACCGUGGAGCUCUCUCUGGAGACGGACGAGGCUUCUGGCGUCUACGACGACUACUCUUUAAACGAACAACGUACGCAAGCCGAAGAGCUCUCAGAAACUACUGAAGAAGUAUCUGAAGGACUCCCAGUAUCUGAAGGACUCCCAGUAUCUGAAGGACUCCCAGUAUCUGAAGAACUCCCAGUAUCUGAAGGACUCCCAGUAUCUGAAGGACUCCCAGUAUCUGAAGAACUCCCAGUAUCUGAAGGACUCCCAGUAUCUGAAGGACUCCCAGUAUCUGAAGGACUCCCAGUAUCUGAAGAACUCCCAGUAUCUGAAGGACUCCCAGUAUCUGAAGAGAUCCAAGAGCUCCCAGUAGCAGAAGAGCUCCCAGUAACUGAAGAGCUCCCAGUAGCUGAAGAGCUCCCAGUAGCUGAAGAGCUCCCAGUAGCUGAAGAGCUCCCAGUAGCAGAAGAGCUCCCAGUAGCUGAAGAGCUCCCAGUAGCAGAAGAGCUCCCAGUAGCUGAAGAGCUCCCGUGCAGCAGAAGAGCUCCCACUGAAGAGCUCCCAGUAGCUGAAGAGCUCCCAGUAGCUGAAGAGCUCCCAGUAGCUGAAGAGCUCCCAGUAGCAGAAGAGCUCCCAGUAGCUGAAGAGCUCCCAGUAGCAGAAGAGCUCCCAGUAGCAGAAGAGCUCCCAGUAGCUGAAGAGCUCCCAGUAGCUGAAGAGCUCCCAGUAGCAGAAGAGCUCCCAGUAGCUGAAGAGCUCCCAGUAGCAGAAGAGCUCCCAGUAGCUGAAGAGCUCCCAGUAGCUGAAGAGCUCCCAGUAGCUGAAGAGCUCCCAGUAGCUGAAGAGCUCCCAGUAGCUGAAGAGCUCCCAGUAGCUGAAGAGGUCCCAGUAGCUGAAGAGCUCCCAGUAGCUGAAGAGCUCCCAGUAACUGAAGAGCUCCCAGUAACACCAGUUGGGUUUGAGUCAGAAGAAGAGGUACCAGACCAGGACAAGGUCCCAGUCCUCGUUGGUCCUGAAGUCCCUGAACACGACAUUUCGUCACCGGACGCAGUCGAGGUUCUAGACGAGCGGCCAAUCGGCGCGCUGACGACCGUCGCCAUCGACGACGAAGACAAAGACCUGGCUCUCGAUGAGGUCAUGGUUGUUACCGCGACGACUACUGCUCCAUCCUCCAUCAUCGCGCUCUCUCCGGAGAAGGACUCGCCAUUCACUCGCGUGUCAGACUCGGCGCCAGAGGACGAGGAAGCGGCGCCGCCGAACCACGAGGACCAAUCAGAAGAGGUUCCACCGAGCGACCUGACUCCUGGCGUUCUUCGGUACACGCCGGAACCGUUUGGCGUGACCCAAAUGUCUCCAGUCGCUACGGCGCCACACGAAAUCACCUCAGGAAGCGAAUCAGGCGGCGAAAGCCUCCGUGCGACGAGUUCCUCGCCGCAGGAAGCCCCCGGUGUGCCGAGCGUGUUCCCGUACGCCAGCGGCGCCGAUGGGGACGGCAGCGGUUUCUCCAGCGGCGCCAGGGGCUCGGCGCCGGACGCCGUGGCGUUGCCGACGCGGCCAGGCCGGGCCCUGACCGUGUUCUUCAGCCUCCGGGUCACCAACAUGGCGUUCUCCCCAGACCUGUUCAACAAGAGCUCGCCAGAAUACAAAGCCCUGGAGCAGCGCUUCACUCAGCUGCUUCCUAGGACCUAG